AUGAAUUACUUCAUAGUAAUCAGUAUUUUAGUAUUAUGGUACUGGCCAAAUGGAACAUAUGCUACAGUGAUCGUAACGCAGGCUAUGUAUACUCUGAAUACAAGCGGUGAUAAAUGUUAUUGUGUUCUUGAUUCAACAUGUGAUAUAGAUAAUAAACUUGUUGUUAGCCUUGAUGAUUUGGUGGAAAAUUUUUUUAAAAUGGAUUGGAAUCUUGAUAGUAUACGAUUCGGCUGUUCGAUUAUGGAUUCUGUAUUGAAAUCAUCAUUGAUGUGUUGGUUUGAAAAAACUUGUUUAGAUCAAUUACGAAUAGCUGUCAAUACAGCACAACUUCCAAUGUUCCCUUCUAUAACUCCACUUAAUUCAAGAUUAUCUAGUCGAUAUUCUCCAAAUACGUCAGUUGAAAUAAUUUUUAAUGAAAUUAUGAUUGAAAAAUGGAAUUUCUCUUCAUCAUACUCAAUUUAUUAUGAAAAAUGUAAACCUUCAUCUUGUUCAUUUACUUAUGAAAAAAAGACUAGUAUUAUCAGUCUUAUCGGUGGAAUUAAUGUUAUUCUUCGAUUAUUUUCUCCAUUAAUUAUUAAAAUUAUUUUUAAAUUUAUUGAUAGAUUAAAACAUAAGAAUUCAUUACAAAUCUCAACUAUACAACAAGAAAAUCAUCAAAAUUUUGGAAUUUGUAGUCGAGUAAUGGAUCGAUUAAAUGAUAAACUUUUAAUGAUAAAUUUAUUCGAUAAUGAAUCAAAUAAUAUUGAAACAAUUCGACUUGAACGAAUAUCAACAAAAAUUUAUUUAUUAGUUUUCUCAAUUUGUAUAUAUAGUAUAACAGUAUAUAUGCUAUUUUCGGAUAUAACUAUAGAUCAAUCUUUUUCAAAUCCUGUUGAGAAUGAUUAUGACAAUUUAUUUAUAUCUUAUUCAAAAUCACUUGAUUGUCCUUGUAAUAAAAUAUCAAUUACAUAUAAAGAUUUUAUAGAAAUCAGUACAACAUUUCAUCAAAUAUGUUCAAGUGAUUUUGUUAAUAUGAAGUGGAUUAACUAUUUAUUUCAUCAAGGAGAUUGGUAUUAUUAUGAACGACGUGAUAUUCAUGCACGUGGUAGUGUAUAUUUUUUAUUUCUUUCGAAUUUAUGUCAAAUUUCUCAAGUAACAAUUAAUACUGCAAUUGAACAAUUUCUGAAUGAAACAUUUAUCAAUACUGAAUUAAUAUCAGAAUCUGAAUUUAAUAUUCAAAUUGAAAAUAUUAUUUUACAAUUUCAAAACGUAACUUUAACAAAAUUUUCUCGAAGUUUAAAACUUCUACGUGAUAUAAUGAAUCGAAAUGCUUUUGUAUCUUCAUAUUUUUUAAAUUGGUAUUGGUGGAGAGACAUAAAUAGUAGCUUUACAACAAUUCCAAUUAGUCCAAUAAUAAUGAAAAAUGGAUGUUCAUGUGGAACACAAAGUGAUUGUAUUGAUUCAGGAGGAAUUUAUCAUAAUUUAGACAAUACUCCAAAAUUUGCAAUGCCUGGAUGGAAUAUUGGAUGUUCAGUUGUAGAAACAUUAUUAUAUUAUAUCACAACUGUUAGUUUUCAAUAUACUUAUAGAAUGAAUAUAUCAGCUAUGAAUUCUUCAAGCAUAAGUCGUUUUAAAACAAAUACAUUGAUUCAAACUAUAUCAGAUGAAUUGUUUAUUGAAGAAUGGAAAAUCAAUAGUUCCUAUUCAUUAUUUUAUAGUCAAUGUGCUCCGAUUUAUUGUUCUUAUGAAACUCAAAAGGAUGAUUACGCCAUUUAUAUUAUAUCAAAAAUUUUAGGUGUCAAUCAACGAAUAAAUAAAUUUAUUCAAGAUCGAAUUUUUACUAGUCGUUUAACAUUUGUCAAAUGGUUAUCAGAUCAUUUUCUUGAUCUAAUUUGUUGUGAUAUAAUAUACAAUCGAUUUUGUUUACAAAUUUUACCUGAAAUUCAUCAUAACAUCAGAUGGCUUGAUCUUGAAUCAACAUCGAUGAAACAUGUUUUAUGUGCUGCUCGUUAUCCUAAUUUACAUAGUCUCGGUCUUUAUAAUAUUCACGAGAAGUCGCUUCAAUAUCUUUUGACUGAUCAAAAUCUAUCAUCUUGUAUGUUCAAAAAACAAAUUAAAACACUUUUAAUUACAAUUGAUAAUAGCCGAGCAAUGUUAGAUACCGUUGUGAAUAUAGUUGAUGAUAUUCUGACUGUUUUCAUCAGUCUAAAUGAUUUAAUAUUAUACGAAUCAUUCUAUAAAAAUCGUCUACGCUUAUUUUUUCACAACCCACCAUCAUCAAGAUUUCAUUCAUCAACUCUUCGAAAAUUAAAUAUUAGAUUACAAUGUAUGAGUGAUUGUCUUUAUCUUCUCGAUGGUCGAUUUGAUCAACUUCAAACACUUCACGUUGAUUUGAUUAAUCUUUGUAAUUCAAAAGGGAUUCAAAAUGAUAAAGAUUUACCAAACUUAAAAGAUUUUUCUCUAUCAUCGAACGUCGAAAGUGAUACUUAUAGUGAAAGUAUUCUUCCUCUUCUCGGUCGAAUGCCUAAUCUCGAAGCACUGAGUUUGUAUUUUGCAGUGUGUGUUAAUGAAAAAUUUAUUGAUGGAAAUCAUUUGAUGAAUGAUAUUAUCGAUUAUAUGCCAUGGUUAAAUCAUUUUUCAUUUUAUAUCCGAUCAGUAAUGCAUCUUCGAAAUCCAAUCAAUUUACCAUCAACAAAAGAUAUUCAAAGUACAUUUGUUAACUUUUCUAAUCAUACAAUUAUCUCGUAUGUUGAUUACUUUCAAAAAGCAGAACAAGGUCAAUGUCAUAUUUAUUCAUAUCCAUCUUUUACGCCAUAUUAUAAUUCAAUCUCCAAUAAUUUUCCAGGUGGAUUAUUUAAACAUGUUCGUGCAAUAUCCUUAUAUGAUGAACAUCCUUUUGAACAUGAAUUUUUUCUUCAAAUUGUUCACUCAUUUCCAUCGAUGGAAAAACUGACAUUGACUAAUAGGGAACCACAAAAUGGAAAGCAAUUGAACAAUAAUAAUAAUAAUAAAAAUUUAUCUAUUAUUGAAUAUUCGUAUCUUCAUGAACUUAUUAUUAUCGAUGUUCAUAGUGAUUAUAUUGAAGAAUUUUUGGUAGAUACGAAAACGUAUUUUUCAAAGGAUAUUUUUCUUUCAAUCAACUAUGAAUCAUUAAAAUAUGUUACACAUAAUUUUACAAGAGAUGAUACUCGUAUUAAUUGUGCUAAAAUAAAUGAAUUAGAAUUAUUUCCUGCAUCACAAUCUACAAAUGUUUUAGGAGAUUAUUUUCCGAAUGCAAAUUUAUGUUUCUUAGAACAAUAA